UCUCGUGUCUUCAGUAUGUUCUUCGAGGAUCAAGCUGAAGCACGAAAGAUAGAGGCAAUGUGUCGACAUGCCCUUCACAACGAGGAUUCCAGAAUACAACGCAACAGUUGUGAGUCUCAUUCAUUUUCGUUCUCAGUCCCCAAAGCCAUCCCUCCUUCUAGCCGAACACCAUGUCGAAACCACUUCCCAACACUCCUAGCGGUUCCAGUCGAACCCGUUCGUCCUACAGGCCAGCAAAGGUGGCCAUGGAAGCAUCUUCGGAUACGAACUACAUCCCACCAAAUGGAAUUACCAUUGCAUUGAUGGGUGCAACCGGGACUGGGAAAUCCACCUUUGCCAAUUUAGCCUCUGGAACAUGGGACUUGCAAGUUGCAGACAAUCUGAAGUCGUGUACGACGACGGUCGAACACACGAAGCCGUUCUACCUCGACGGAGUCCCCGUCACACUGAUAGACACGCCUGGAUUCGACGACUCUGUUGUCUCGGAUAGUGACAUUCUGAAGUCCAUUGCGUCUUAUCUUGCUGCAUCAUUCGAAAAGGGGUUCAAACUUAGUGGUGUUAUCUAUAUGCACCGCAUCUCCGAUUACAAGAUGGGUGGCAUUUCCCGCCGAAACUUCAGCAUGUUUAGGAAGUUGUGCGGAGAUCAGAACCUCAAGAACGUCAUGAUUGUGACGAAUAUGUGGGCAGAAGUAUCGCCAGCAGUUGGAGAAGCUCGCGAACUGGAACUUAUGACAGACGACCUCCUGUUCAAAGCUGCUUACGAAAAGGGAGCUGGGUUCAUGCGCCACGACAAUACUGCCGAGUCUGCUCAUCGAAUCAUUCGACGCAUCAUCAAGAAUCACCCAGAGGCCCUUCGUAUUCAACAAGAGCUUGUGGAGGAGAAAAAAGAUAUCAUCGACGUGGAAGCCUUCGGCGUGCUAGAUCGAGACAUGGAAAGGUUACGGAUGAAGCACAAGGAACAGUUACAAACUCUGCAGCGCCAGCUGGACCUAGCUCUGGAGAACAAGGACGCAGAAACCCAGGAGGAACUUCGCAGCGUCCGUUUGGAGAUGGUCAACAAGGUGGUGGCGAUGAACAAGAAACAUGAUGCGCUCUCUCAGGAAUACAGAGAGGAGAAGAAGAAGGCGGAUGCAAAGAUUCAGGAGCUGGUGUUAGCCAUCCAAGAUGAGCGCAAGCGAGCUGCUGAGAACCAAAGUCGAUUCGAGGAGAUUGAUGCCGAGCGGAGGAGGGAGAAUCAACAGAUGCUUAACACACUCCGACUUAUGCAGGAUCGGCUGGAACAACAGGCGGCGCAAGCGCAGAGAGACCGAGAGCACCAACAGGAACUGGACAGGCGGGAAAGGGCUCAUCAGCAGGAAUUGGAGAGGAUACGACAAGAGAAUGAUAGGUUGAAAUUCGAACAGCUCUUGGCUCAGCAGCAGCGCAUGGAAAAGCGAGUCUAUCGGGAUGAAUAUCAAGACCGUGCUCACUCGGGGGUGGGAUGGCAAGCCUCGGACUCCGAUGGGUCGCUGUAUGCAUCUGAGGCUACCGAAGGAAAGAGGAAGACUAUGGAGGUUCAUAACUGUAGUAUUUCGUGGGACUAUCUGUCAGUAUAUGCGAGCUCGAGUAGUAAUGAUUACUUACUCACUGCUCCAGAAUAUAACUCCGUUGGUUAACAGUUUUCGUUUGCUCGGGGAGAUUCAACUUGAAUUUUCCAUUCUGUGCACCUAAUACAGUGCUGUAGUGGUA